AAAAAUUAAUAAUAAAAAUAUCCUUCCACACCAAUAUUUAAUCAAGUAAAAUGGGUAUUUAUGUAAAAUAUCACCCUAUAGAUAGAUACAAAAUCUGUGAGUAUUAUUACCAAUAAAUAGCACCUCAUCAAUUCAUGAAGAUUUCAUGUCCCCAUUUUCCCAAUCAAACCUAUAUAAACACAACCCCAUAAUUUGGCUUUCUUUAUUUCAUAGUUAGAACAAACUUCCACAAGUAGUUGUUUGUUAGGUGUGGUUUUCUCUCUCUAACUUUCUCUCUCUAACUAUGCCUAAUAUGGAGCAAAGGAAAAUCAACAACAACAACAAAGAUGAAGAAGAAGAUAUGUAUAAAGGAGUGGGAAUUCACAGCCAAGUUCGAAAAAUAAAGCAAGAGAUCGAGAGGAUCAACCACCUCUCCCUGCAGCUGCCGGAGCCCCGCCCAGUCGUGGCGGAGAUUAAUAACCGCCACCACCACCGCCGGUCCCGAUCGCCGCUAGGCUUGGCCGAAAGGCCGAUUUCCCUCGGCUACUAGUAUCAUGUAUAUGUAUAUGUAUGUGUAUGGUAGUCAUAUAUAUAUAAUAUAUGGUGAUGAUAUGAUUAGAUGAUCAAUGUUAUAUGAGCUAGUUUUCUUGUUUUAGGUUUUUACCUUUUUGUCCUCAGUUUGUACAUAUUUCAUGAUGCUGAAUAGGAUAUAAAGGUUUUGAAUCGGUUGCGAA